UCUUUUCAUUUUACGACCCCGCACGCCUCUCUUUUAUGUACAGAUCAGACUGCGCUUUGCCUAUAUAGCGGACUCGUUCUUUGCAAGCAAGCCAUGGUUUCAGCAGGCGCAUUGGUAUGGAUUUCGCUCCGUCCUCUUUUGCGGCUUGUUAUGUGUGUUACGGGAGGAUAUGCUAUCACCAAGGCAGAUAUAUUUCCGCGCGUAGCUGCCCAAGGAGCAGGACAGAUAGCUUUGAAUAUCACAAUACCUUGCCUUAUGUUUUCGAAGAUGGUACCAGCCUUCACGUCGGACAAUAUCGGCGCCUUAGGACCUCUCCUCUUGAUAUGUGUCAUCUAUCAAGCUUUGAGCGUGGGAAUAGCUUGGUUGACUAAACAGUUUUUUUGGGUUCCCCAUCGAUUUCGAUAUGGGAUUUUAGUGGCCGGUGGUUGGGCGAACUAUGGUGAUAUACCGACUGCGGUCAUCAUGAGCAUCACAGGCGCUUCGCCGUUCAAUGGGGAUUCCGAUCAGAACCUGUCUGUCGCGUACAUUUCAGUGUUUAUCCUCUACUACAUGAUGACCUUCUUUCCUAUGGGAGGAAACAAGGUGAUUGCUUGGGAUUUCAAAGGUCCUGACGUAGAACCCGAAGAAGUCAAGGAGAGUGUUCGUCUCAGGCGACAGUUUAUCUUUCGUGGUUGGCCCCGUGCUCUACGACAAGCACUGCUUUGUCGCUGCCAAGCGCAUGAUGAACCGGACGCUGAGAACCAGACUGAUGAGAAGAUGCCAAGCAAGACCGAUCUAGCCGCUGAUGACGACAACGAUAUCCACCAUCAUCCUCGUCAUGGUCGACACGUCUCUUUCAGUGAAGAAACCUCUUCGACUGCAGUCCUGACUGAUGUAGAUUUUACUUCUGCGCCACCGACGGAAAAACUUCACUCUCCUCAACCAUCUCAGACCGCUACGCAGACCUUACCGUACGACGGGUGCGGUUCACGACCCUUGACACCCAUAGCAGAAGAUCAUCCCCCAAGUCCAUCUCCCGUGCGACGCCGAUGGCAAAAAUUCUGUAUCACCGCACGGGGGGUCCUCAAAUCUCUCCUCACUCCCGCGUCGAUCACCAUCCUCAUUUCGUUCCCUAUCGCCCUCAUUAAACCGCUCAAAGCCCUGUUCGUCGAGGUCGACGGAUACUACAUGCCCUCUGCUCCCGAUGGAGAGCCCCCGCUGGCAUUUGUCACGGAUUUUGCAGAAUUCAUGGGCGCCGCGUCGGUGCCGCUGGGUCUUAUCUGCUUAGGCUCCGCUCUGGCGAGGUUGAAUGUUCCGAGGAGUCAGUGGCCGCAUUUGCCGUUGGGUGCUAUUUUCUCGUUGGCGGUUGGGAGGAUGUUGCUCAUGCCUGUGUUUGGCGUUUUGGUCUGUGAGGGUCUGGUGAAUGCUGGUGUAAUCUCCAGAGAUGAUAAGGUCUUGCGGUUCGUUUGCAUCUUAUUUUCUUGUCUACCCACCGCGACUACCCAGGUGUUUGUAACACAAGUAUACAGUGGAACCGGAAGCGCAGAACACUUGUCUGCUUUCCUGAUCCCCCAAUACAUCCUAAUGUUCCUUUCCAUGACCGCUCUUUCUGCAUACACCUUGCAAAUGUUGUUUUGACCAAAUUGGCCCUAUAGAGUUCUAGACAAAUUGAAGGCAACUGUACGAAUACAUUGCAACGAUACAUUCGUGUAAUAUACAUCUUUUUCAUAUCAGGCAGGAAUAGGCACCUCAGCUUGGGGAGUAAGCCUGACCGCGUGCCUCCUGAGGGCUGUGUCGAAGUCAUCUGUCGCCGAGUGGACGGUGAGCCGGUUAUC